AUGGAGAUCCCAAAACUAGUCAGGCAGUGUCUGAAACAAUUCCGAUCGCUGCUCGGAGAUGCGCAAGACGAUAAGCUCGAGGAAGAGUACGGUCGAUUCAGAGUAUGGACUGGAAACUUGGCUGCUCACAGAGAGGUCGGAUCUCGUAGCCUUGAAUACAGGCUUAAAGACUCGGAGAAUCUUCGAAUUCGGGUCUUGAGUCUCCUCGGCGAUCUUCUCAUUGAAUUACAAGAUUGUAAACUUCACGAGCAUGGAGACCAGCCGCGUCUCGGAGCUGGACCGUUGAAUCUGACUUUCGUGGAUGACGACUUCGGAGCAGGCGACUCAACACAAGACAUUCACGAACUAGUGAAUCUAUUGUAUAGAUUCUCAAUAACCCUCAUGAAUCCUGCUGGAUACAAUCGCGUUCGAAGGGCAUUCAUACCAAGAUCGGCUGCUUUUGAUCCUUGGUUCAUUCCUCAUGUCCAGAACAAGUAUCCAUCGGCACAAGCAUGGCUGGCGCAGCGCUUGGGUCGUGCUAUAUCGUCAAGGCGUCAAUACAUCAUUUAUCGAGAUAUAUAUGGCAAAAAGAAGCAUCAAGGUUUGGAGAACGAAGCUCCGGAUGAACAGACCACCACUGUUGCCACCUCCAUACCGGGUGUCAAACCCCCGACUCUGGACGUGGCCGAUCUCAAUAAAGACGCGGACGAUACAGAGUCCUUCUACAGUAUGACGUCUUUCGCACCCACGGAGUCUGAUGCGUCUGUACUUCGCCCUCCGCGACUGCCUGAGAAAGGUGCUAGUGGAGACCCAUUUGAUUGCCCGAUCUGCAACAGUAUUGUGCAAUUCACAAACAAAGAACGGUGGAGGCGACACGUGUACGAAGAUGUGCCUCCAUACGUCUGCACGCAUGAAGCUUGUUCUACUGCUAAUAUGCAGUACACAAAACGCCGAGACUGGCAACGCCAUAUGAGCCGAAACCACUUCAGAGUCUGGAAAUGCUCGGUAGGAUGCAGCGCACAGUUCAGCACCGCAGACGACCUGAUCACACACCUCGUCGAUGAUCAUAAGCAGCCGAGUGACGCAUCCGACCUUCAACGAUUAGCAGAGAUCUGCGCCGAGCCGAUGCCGCUUAGUGAAGCUUUGACUUGUCCUCUCUGCCAGAAGCUAGAACUUACCUUGAGCUCGUGGUUCAAACAUGUCGGUCGACACAUGGAGCAGCUUGCGCUAUUUGCUUUGCCUUCGCACCUUCUUGAAGACGAGCAAGAAGGGCAGAACGAAGACGAGAGCGCGGAUGAGAUGGGAACAGGACUUGAGAGCGGUUCGGAUGUGAUCUCGAUUGGGGGAUCCUGCAUAGAGGAACAAGACGCUGCGGUGGAUGAGAACACGAAACGUCACGAGGGUGUCUAUAACUCUACUCAUGAAGCAAAAGCGGAAAUACUGCACCACCUUAAUCCCAGUGAUUCAUCUGAGGAUCUACCGGUAUCGAUCGCAGCAACUGAAUACGAUACUGAAGAGCACACUGGUCCCAGUGAAGCUAGCAGAGCCACAGCUGAAGCUUCGAAGGAAAGGGUACUGGUGAUGCUUUAG